UGGAAACAAGUGUUGGGGCGGUAGUGUUGCGUCCUCUGUUUUCUCAAGCCAGCGAUAAUGACGGGAAUUUCUAGCAAAGGGAUUGACAAUGAUCCAGCACCACGUGAGAAGACGAUGUCUCUCCUAGGCUUUGAAAGCUUGAGCCCAUUUUAUGUAUUCCUGGUUCUACUGAGGUUUUUGUUAUGUAUCAUUCAAACUGGAUAUAUUCAUCCAGAUGAAUUUUUCCAGUCACUGGAACCAGUUGCUGGCGCGCUGCUUUCGGUGAACGUGACGGUGCCGUGGGAGUUCUCGUCGCGGCUGCCGAUCCGCAGCUGGUCGUCGCUGCUGCUGACGUCCGGGCUGCCCGUGCUGCUGACGCGGCCGGCCAGCGCCAUGGCGCUGAUCUCGCUCGCCGUCGACGCCAGCGUGGCGGCCAGCGCGCGCCUGCUGGGUCACCGGCCGCGCCGCUACCUGGAGACGCUCGCCGCGAGCCACGUGCUGCUCGUGUUCGCUACGCGCACCUUUUCCAACGCGCUGGAGCUGGCGCUGUUCGCAGUGCUUCUGCACGUGACGCUGCGCUGCCUGGCGGACUCUGGCCGUGCCGCCGAGGCCGAACGCCGCCUACAGAAGCGGCUGGGCGGCUCGCAGUACACCGUGCAUCGGCUGCAGCUGGCCGAGGCGCGCCAGGAGGUACACCGCGCCGCCACGCGCGACUGCGCCACCGUCAGCACGCUCCUCUGUGUGGGCGUGUUCGUGCGGCCGACGUUCGUGCUGUUCGCGGCAGCGCCGCUGCUCUACUGGCUCUUCCGCGACGCCAACGAUGAGCGCGAUAAUCUGGUGCGGAUGCGGCUGGUGCGCGUCCUCCCGCUGUCCCUGCUCGGCGUCGGUGCCAUUGUGCUGAUGGACUCGAUGCUGUAUGGCUGGGUGACGUUCGCCGAGAUCAUCGAGGGCAACGCCUCGCUCGACAACGUCGUGAUGACGCCGUUCAACUUCAUCGUAUACAACAUCAAGGCGAAGAACCUGGCCGACCACGGCGACCACUGGUGCCUGACGCACACGCUCGUCAACAUUCCCAUCCUCUUCAGCAGCCUCGGCCUCAUCGGACUGGCCUCGUUCGCGCAGCACGUCAAGUCCUUCGUGCGUCAUCUGCUCAACCUCGACCUGCACGUGUCGACGGCCAGCGCCUUCCUUUCGGCCAGCUUCAUCGUGCCGCUGCUGCUGCUCUCGUGGUUCCCGCACCAGGAGCCGCGCUUCCUGCUGCCGCUGCUGGUGCCGCUGACACUGCUGUUUGCCGAGCGGCUGGACGGCGGUCCGGGCCGGUGGCGCCGCUCUCGGCAGUGUCUCGUCACCAUGUUUUACGCCUGGAACGCCGCGUGCGUGCUGCUGUUCGGCUUCGCGCACCAGGGCGGCGUCACGCGCGCGCUGGCCGACCUGCAGCGGCGCGUGCCGCCGCAGGGUGCCACCAUCGUCUUCAGCCACACCUACAUGCCGCCGCAAGCGCUGCUGCUGCGCCGCAAGCGUGACGUGCACGUGCACGACCUGGGCGGUCAGCCUCUGGGUGACGUGACGCGCCUGCUGCGUGACGCCACCUACCGGCAGCGCGUGCCCACGUUCCUCGUGCUGCCGGCGCCACUGGAGGACAGGCUGGGCGCGCUGGCCGACGGCGAGUUCGAGCUGCGCCCGCUGCGCCGCUUCUGGCCGCACCUGAGCUCGGAGACGCCGCCGGCGCUCGUAUGCGCUCCCACAUAG